AUGUCCUACACACUCGACAACGUGGCGCUCGUGACGCUCAACACUGUCUAUGCAACGAGCAUUGUCCUGACAAACCUCUUGCUGAUUGUAGCGUUGCUGAAUUCCAGCACCCUUCUGAGAAAAAACAACUACCUUUAUACGUUGAGCAUCUCGCUCAGCGAUUUGCUUGUGGGCGCCGGCUGGCUCUACAACGGGCUGCACCGUAACGCGGACGAUGGCAACAUAUCUUACAGAAGCCCGGAGGAGGUCUUCUUGUCAAUUCACAGCAUUUCCAUGAUCACCUUUCUGGGCGCUGUGAUUGACAGGUAUUACGCAGUGCAGCACCCGUUUAGAUACGUGCGGGUAAUGACGAGGACCAAAGUUGUGGUGAUCAUUGCCUUCGUUUGGCUCAUUCCCCUCACGUUCCUCAGCCUGCAGUCGCUAGCGCCGACAAACUACAGCGUGGCUUCCCGAGGUUACUCCACCACAGCCUUUUCAAUUUUGAUGAUUGGGUCAAUUGUGACCUUAAAUGUGAGAAUUUACGUCAUCGUUAAAAAGCAGCAAGAAAGGGACGGGUACAAUGCCAGGAGCUCCAAAAACAAUUCCACUUUGCUCAUUGUAUUGGCCGCUGCUAUCUUCAUCACCUUGUGGGCACCUUCGAUGAUAUAUACAGCUAUCUGCUCCACGGCUAACGUCUGCCAACGUUUCCCCAAAGAACACUUAUCAUCUUGUCGAACAUCAGAGUGA